UAAUGAGAUGAAUCCUUUCUUUCUAGAAGAUUUAACUUGAUCGCUUCUUUGGUUACUUCAUGUGAUUGCUCUAGUGAUCAUAUUGUACUUACCUGCAAAUCCUUACAGCAAUAACUAGGGUGCACUGGCUGAAAAUGUCACUGCAAUUGAAAAGCACUUACUGUUUUUUUUUCCUCUACUUUAUAAGGAAGAUGCUAAAAGGAAGUUUUUUUUCCCUAAUAAUGUGUGUACAUUGUUACUGCUGAAGUCUUGGAUGCAGAAUGCAGCUGGAUCGUAACUGCUUGAAGUCCACAGUGUGGCAAACUACUUUUCUAGAUUUUCAACACCAUCAAUGAUUUACAGACUCUUGGGAAAAGAAGUGUAUGAUGGGAAGGGAGAACCAACAGUCCAAGCAGAUGUUGUUUGCAUCACAAAAAAUGAGGAAAAGAUAGUAUCCUCAGCUGUGAUAUCCAGUCCUGAUGCAGUCCAAGAUUAUAGUGUGCAAGAUGCCAGUGUUUUUGAUGAUGACGCCAAAAGGAAAGAUUCAGUUCUGACUGCACUUCAAUGGAUCAAUGAGUCUCUAACUACAAUGUUAAAGGGGUAUGAACCUGCUGACCAAGCAGGAGUGGAUAAAUUACUAAGUGAUUUUUUUGCUGCACGCUCUCUGGAAGAGCAGGACAGAAAGAGCAGAGAAAAGGAGGAGCAACGGCUCUCUGAAUCUCUUCCUGAGGCCACCCCACCACCCAUGCCACCCACAGCUUCCAAAGACAAAAAGACCAGCGCCAAAGGGAAAAAGAACAACCACCAAGAGAAGCCCAUUCCUCCAGCUGAGCCACCAGAGCAGGUGCUACCUGGCAGUAUGGCCAUAGGAGCUGUGUCACUUGCUGUAGCCAAGGCUGCAGCACACUUUAAAGGCAUUCCCCUCUACCAGCACAUAGCAUCACUGAAACACAGCCAAGAGUGUCCCAAGGAAUUCCACAUUCCGUUGCCCAUGGUAACUUUACUUUCUUGUGGAAAAUCAUCACCUGGAAAACUGAACCUUAUGGAUGAAAUAAUUCUCAUCCCAAAACCUGGGCAAAGGUUUAAACAAAAUUUUAAAAUACUUCUUGAGCUUCGAAGCGAGAUGGGAAGAAUAAUGAAGUGUGCUUCAAAAACAGGGCCUGUGCCAAAUACAAUUUCAGAUUCCGGGGCACUAGUAGUCGGAUAUGAUCGUUUUGAACAGCCAUUAGACCUUAUUACAGAGACAGUAAGCAGCCUUGGGCUUACACUUGGGACUGACAUUCAUCUUGCAGUAAACUGUGCUGCACACAAGCUAAUGGACUAUCAAAAAGGCAAAUAUGAAGUGUCCAUAGGAACCUCCAAGUCUCCUGAUGAAAUGGUGGACAUGUAUGUUGAAUUAACAAGCAGAUACCCAGGAGUUAUUGCUCUGAUUGAUCCUUUGAGAAAAGAGGAUCGGGAACAGUGGGACAAGCUGUACACUACUAUUGGUCACAGAUGCUAUCUUCUUGCUGAAUUUGCAUUAAAACCCAUCUGUUCACAUCUAAAUGAGGAUAGCCUGGCCAUGGCUGGCAUUAAUGGUUUAGUCCUGAAACAGACCAAUCACACAACUGUCUGUGAUUUGAUUGAAGUCACCAAGCAAAUGGAAGGUAAAAGAUAUAUAACUGUCACUGGGACUACAGAUGGAGAACCUUGUGAUGAUGCUCUGUCAGAUCUUGCCGUUGGAUUGGGAGUUAGGUUUGUCAAAUUGGGAGGUCUGCGUCGUGGAGAGCGGGUGACUAAAUACAGCCGUCUCAUUUCUAUAGAGGAAGAAUUGGCUCAGCAGGGAAUACUGGGUUCAACAGAAGAACUUGAAUUCAAUUUACCUUGUGAAGAAACAAGAGACUGAAUAUCUACCCAUUCAUAAUAAGUUAAUUAUUCAACUUUUUUAAUUAGAAAGAAACAAUUUAUGCUAGAAUUUAUGUCAGGCAUGCAUUAUUUAAUUUGGAACAAUACUUUGCAGUAUGUACCAACAUAUUCUGCAUUUGCUGUCAUUAACUGUAUUAGUAAAACUGCCUUAUGUGCUUAGGUCACAGUAUAUUAGUACAGAUAUUGAUCAUUUGUUGUUUCCUUAACCUGAAUACAUCUUCUAACCUCA